AUGGAGAACUCAAAUAUUGACCAUAUUGAUGUAAACACUGUAGUUGAAGAAGUAACUAAAAUAUUUGGAAAAGCUGGUAAAAACAAAUUAAAAUCAUUAGUGAAGAAUGAAAAAGUCUAUUCAGACAUAGAGAAAUUGAAAGAUGAUAUGGAAAUAUUAACUGAUAAAUCAGAAUUUGAUGAACUUUUAAAUGUAGAAAAGACAUAUUUUGAAAAUGUUGAAUCUUUUAAUUCGAGUCAUUUAAAUGGAGACAUGAUGGUCACGGAAUUUAGUACAAUGUAUUCAAGGAGUAAUUUGGCAACUGUGAAGUCAAUCCACAGUAUAAAAAAUGAUGUCAUCUAUCAAUACGAAGUACAACUAAAUUCUAAUGGACCAAUGCGUAUAGGAUGGGCUACUCAAAAGUGUACGUUUACUGAUGAUCAGGGAGUAGGAGAAACAGAAAAUUCUUAUGGUUUUGAUGGUUAUCGUUUAGAAAAGUGGAAUACGUCUAAUGCGCGCACAUACGGUCGAAAAUGGAGAGUAGGAAAUAUAAUUGGUUGCACUAUUGAUUUGAAAAAAAAUUCUAUAGAGUUUUUCAAGUAU